AUGAAGCUGGACGUCGACGAGCUGAGCAGCCUGAAGGUCCGUGGCCUUGCGCCUGUGCGGUCGCUCGUGCCAGUCUGCAGCUCUCAAUUGACGCGCCGUUCUCGUGCUCCUACGUGCCAGGUGAAGGAUCUGCAGCGAGAGCUCAAGAAGCGCGGCCUGGACACGGGCGGCCUGAAGGCGGCGCUAGUGGGGCGGCUGAAGGAGCAUCUGCAGCAGGAAGCUGGGCCCGCUGAGGCUCGAGACAAGGGGAAAGAGGGGGACGAUAAACGGGAGAAGAAGGAGCAGCAGGAAGAGCCCCAGACUAAGACUUCUGAGAAGGAAAAAGUCUCGACUGAAGGAGGGGCAGAGAAGGUGGAGGAACCGGCAGAGGCUAAUGGUGCAGAGGAUGGAGAGAAAUCAGAGUCAGCGUCGGGCGUGAAGCGCGGCGCAGAUGCAGUGGAAAGGGACGAGAAGGACGCGCCGGGAGCAAAGAAGGCUAGGGUCUCGGAGGAUAAAGAAGGAGACAGCCCGCAGCCAGAGGAGGAUGAUAGCGCCAAGCCAGCGUCGUCUGCUGAUGCGGAUGCUGAUGCGGACGCUGAUGAUGCAAUGAGCGGUGAGAAGGCAGCGGAUGAAGCUACGGAGACGACCGAGGAAGAACGGAGAUUAACACUGCGAAUUGACAAUUUCGUCCGGCCAUUUACGCUGAAUGCCGUCAAGGCUCUGGUGCAAGAACUUGGCAGCUUUGUGGAGGACGGGUUCUGGAUGGACGCUAUCAAGACUCACUGCUACGUGACAUAUCCGAGUUCCGAUAUCGCCGAGAAGACAAAAGCUGCCUUGAACGGCAAGGUAUGGCCCCCGGAAAACGGACGAUCGCUCAAAGUAGAGUUCGUAGAUCAUACAGCGAUGGAGGUGUCGAAGGUUGGUGAGGCAAACUUACCAAGCCGACCCAAAAGCAAGGGAAAUACCACUACACAACCUGCUCAACGGCAGAGUAAGCAGCCAAGAGGUAUUUGUUGA